UCAAUCAAUUCAUUGUUCCAAAAUGUAAAAUUUAAUUUCUUAAUGAGUUUAACGUUUAAAUUUCUGUUUUAUUUUAAUUUUCAACUGUUAUACCGCAUUACUGCAUAGUGUAUAGUAUUUACACCUACAAAAAUCAAUAUAAUUUGUAUAUUGUUAUUUUUUAUUUCAACUUUGUUAUUAUUUAGUUUCAAAAUGAUGGAAAAUAAAGGGGAGUUAUAUAAUUUUAUACAAUUUAAACUACUUGCUCCAGAUGGAAUUAAGAAAUGUCAAAAUAUAAAUAAUGAAGAAAAUAAUGGACAAACCAUUAUUUUAGAUAAAUAUAAUUCAAGAGAUUUUUCAAUUAUAAUGAACAGUUUGAAGACAUUCAAUCAUAUGAAAAUGAAGAAAAACGAAAAUUUAAAUAACCUAAAUAUUUUUUUUAAUUAUAUUAAUCACAGCAAAGAAGCCCACAAUAAAGCACUAGCAAUAUUCAAUUCAAGGUUAAAUAAUAAGUAAUUUGAAUAAAAUUUAAUGAAUUUAAAUUAAAUAUUAUGCUAAAAAAAAAAAUACACACUUAUUGUUUUUCUAGAAGAAUUGUCUUUAUAGUUGAUAUAAUAAUAAAAUGUUUAUUUAUAUGAGAAUAA